CCCUCUCCGCCAAUUCCCACGUUUUCUCCCUCUCCCUCUGCCGCUGUGCGUCGUGGUCUCUCGUAUUCUUCUGCCUCCUUGUCCUUGACCUUGCCCAAGAAUUCCGCUCUUUUCUCCUAACCUUCCUAAGUAACCCAGAACUUUCCCGAUUAUUCUUUCCAUUUCUUAGUACUGGUCUCUCUCUCUCAAAGCGGAGGCGGCACGUCAAGGCACUUCAUCUUGCUUACAGAGUUCACUUGCUACGAAGUACUGCGCUUGCUUGUUUGUGCACUCAGCAAUGGAGAACUUUCCGAAGGGGAGGGGGAGAGGAAGAGGAAGGUCGGGAGAUGGAGGAAGAAGGGGGGGAAGAGGGCGAAGGUCCCAUCACCAAGGUUAUCAACAUGGCCAAGAAAGUCGUGCGGGAAAUCCAAACCCCAACUAUCCAACUCAGCAAUCGAGUUACCAGCCUAUUUCCGGCCAUGAAGGAUCAUUCCGGCAAGUACCCACGUCGGGUCGUGGCCAGUCCGGUGGACCCACGAGGUCGACUCCUGGUUCUGGCCCUGCUUGUGUUCCUUCUGGUGAAGGGUCUUCAAGGGGUUCUGGUCCUGCCUGGGGCGGUAAAAGGGCCGAGAAGGUUCCGAUUCAAUCGCCCAUUUCCGACCCUCAAGUCGCAGAGCUAACAUCACUGGAUAUAUCUCUAGCAUUGACACCAUCUCCUGCAUCUAGGGUUGGGGAAAGAGUUCCAGUAAAACGACCUGACAACGGCGGGAAAUGGGCUACUCAGUUUUCACAGCUUCUAGUUAAUCAUUUUCCUAUCAAGUACAAUCCUAAUCUAAUCAUAUUCCACUAUGAUGUUGACAUUAAACCAGAAGUGACACCCAAGCAAGGCCGAUCUUUGCGGAUAACAAAGUCUCUUAUGCACAUGAUCAGGAAUAAGUUAUUUUCUGAUCUCCCCAAAAACUUUCCUAUGGCUAAAACUGCAUAUGACGGGGAGAAAAGCAUUUUCAGUGCAGUAAAACUGCCUGCUGGGGAAUUUGAAGUGGAGAUGUCCAUGGAGGAGGGACAAGGUUCUUGUGCAUUCAUGUUUACUAUAAACCUUGUGAAGGAGUUACCACUUCAAAAGUUGGAGAACUACUUAAGAGGUACACUGUCAUCUAUCCCUCGUGAGAUCWUACAAGGUAUGGAUUUGGUCAUGAAAGAGAACCCGACUAGACAUCGUAUCCAAAUAGGUCGAAGCUUUUCCUCCAAUAAUAGUGAUAAUAUUGGUCUCCUCAUUGCUUCCAGAGAGUUUCAACAUAGCCUGAAGCUCACUUCUCAGGGUCUAGCCCUAUGCUCUGACUACUCAGUUCUGGCACUUCUGAAGAAGGUUCCUGUACUACAAUUUCUUCGAGACCACAUUCCCAACUUUAAGCUUAAUUAUGGUCCUGUUCCUCAUUGGGUGACGAAAAAWAUUGAAAAGGCCUUGAAAGGGUUGAAAGUGACAGUGAUUCACAGGACAACAAAGCGAAAGUACAUAAUUCGGGGGCUUACGAGCUCUGUUACAAACAAUCUGAGUUUCCCAAUUGAGAAUCAAGAAAGAGAGGUUGGACUUGUGGAAUAUUUCAAGGACAAAUAUAAUAAAGUGAUUGAGCACAGGUAUCUUCCUUGCUUAGAUUUGAGCAAGGGUGGGAAGAUGAACUAUGUACCUAUGGAGUUCUGUGUUUUGGUGGAGGGACAAAGGUACCCUAAAGACAGAUUGGAUAUGUUGGCUGGGGAUGUACAGUCCAAUUUCAAUAGGUUUGCUUUGGCGAAACCAUCGGUAAGAAAGGAUUGUAUAUGCACGAUGGUUAAAGCAGAUGAUGGACCAUGCGGGGGAGGAAUUGCACAAAAUUUCGAGAUUGCUGUUAGUGAGCACAUGACUGAAGUCACUGGACAUGUUAUCCAGCCACCCAGUUUGAAACUUGGCAAUGUGAAUGGUGAGGCUAGCAGAGUCACAGUUAGCGGUGACUGCCAAUGGAACCUUAUUGGCAAAUGUGUUUUGGAAGGGAAGCGAGUUGAACGAUGGGCAAUCAUUGAUUUCGCUGAUAGGAAUGUGAAAUUAAAUUACAUUCAGUUUGCAAGAAAACUGGUCAUUCGAUGCAGAAAACUCCACAUUGAAAUGAAGGAGCCUCUCUUCUAUGAGCCAUCUGAGAUGUGUGAACUUCGCAACAGCAAGCAGYUCAGUAAACACCYAAGUUCAAUUUGCUCCCGUGCUAWAGAGAUUUCUGGUGGUCAAUUGCAGAUUCUCAUAUGUGCAAUGUCCGAGAAGGAUGCAGGGUAUAAUAACCUGAAGCGGAUAUGUGAGACUGAGAUUGGAAUUAUGACUCAAUGCUGUCUCUCCAAAAAUGCUAAUAAAGAUAAAGGAUUAGACCAGUACCUUGCAAAUCUUGCCCUCAAGAUAAAUGCCAAGCUUGGUGGUAGCAAUGUUGAACUCUUUGAAAAGCUUCYUCGCCUUGAGGGURAUGGUCAUGUCAUGUUUAUUGGGGCUGAUGUCAAUCAUCCUGCUGCCUUUAAUACAUCUAGUCCAUCCAUUGCAGCUGUUGUUGCCACCAUGAACUGGCCUGCUGCGAAUAARUAUGCUGCAAGAAUCCGCCUGCAGGACCACCGGGUUGAGRGUAUAAAACAUUUUGGGCAGAUGUGUUUGGAGCUYCUUGAAGCUUAUGCUAGGAUUAACAAAGUGAAGCCAGAGAAAAUUAUUGUGUUUCGGGACGGAGUUAGUGAGAGUCAGUUUGACAUGGUUCUUAAUGAUGAGUUAACUGACCUUAAGAGUGCUAUUGAGUCAGAUGGGUAUUCCCCUACUAUCACACUAGUCGUGGCACAGAAGCGACACCAAACCCGUCUCUUUCCCAAGGACAGGAACCAAGGGGGACCCACUGGAAAUGUACACCCAGGGACGGUUGUUGAUACCACCAUUGUGCAUCCAUGGGAGUUUGAUUUCUAUCUUUGCAGCCACUAUGGAAGCCUUGGAACUAGCAAGCCAACACAUUAUCAUGUCCUAUGGGAUGAACAUCGAUUUACUUCUGAUGAUUUGCAGAGUGUCAUAUAUAACCUCUGCUUCACUUUUGCUCGAUGUACCAAACCAGUUUCCUUGGUGCCACCAGUGUACUAUGCUGAUCUUGUUGCAUACAGGGGGCGACAAUACUAUGAAGCAUUGCAGUAUUCAGCUUCAUCAGCAUCUCCAUCUUCAUUGUCUACAUCAUCAUCGUUUGAUCAGAGUGUCAGCCUCAAGCUGCAUAAUGAUCUUGAAAAUGUUAUGUUCUUUUGCUGAAGAUUACACAGCUCAUAGCUGAACAUUACACAAAGUUCAUCUUUUUCUGAGAUGGAGUGGUGGUCGAAGAAACUACGAAGCAUUGCAGUAUUCAACUUCAUCAGCAUCUACAUCUUCAUUGUCUACGUCAUCAUCGUUUGAUCAGAGUGUCAGCCUCAAGCUGCAUAAUGAUCUUGAAAAUGUUAUAUUCUUUUUUUGAAGAUUACACAGCUCAUAACUGAACAUUACACAAAGUUCAUCUUUUUCUGAGAUGGAGUGGUGGUUUAAGAGUUUGUGCGUGAAUCUAAGAGGUCCUUUCUAGGGGUGCAAG